AUGGAAAAAGGAAAAUUGAAUAGUAAGAUGAUAGCAGAAUAUAGUAAUACGGCAAUGGAUUCCUCAGUGGAAAACAACAUUUAUGUAAACAAAGUGUGGGUUCAGUGUGAGAAUGAAAGUUGUUUGAAAUGGAGAUUGUUGUCAAGUGAGGAUGCAGCCAAAGUUGAUCACAAUGAAUCAUGGUACUGCUUCAUGAACACUGAUUUAAGGUACAAUAAGUGCUCUGUUUCUGAAGAAGACUUUCCUGAAGAGUCUCAGCUUCAUCAAAGUGGAUUUAAGAUCGUCUAUUCACAGCUCCCUCUUGGAAGCCUGGUUUUGGUAAAAUUACAGAAUUGGCCAAGUUGGCCAGGGAUACUUUGCCCUGAUCCUUUUAAAGGAAAAUAUGUGACCUAUGACCUGGAUGGAGAUGUUGAACAGUAUCACAUAGAAUUCCUGGGUGAUCCCCAUUCAAGAUCAUGGAUAGAUGCAACGUUUGUUGGACAUUAUAGUAUCACAUUAAAGCCAGGAAAAUGUACGAAUAAAAAGAAGUGGUAUAAAAGUGCACUACAAGAAGCAUACCUCCUCUAUGGAUACUCUCAUGAGCAAAGACUGGAAAGGUGCUGCCUAUCGAAACAGGACAAAUCCAAAGCAGAUGGCAAAGUUGCUGUGGUGGCCAAGAAAGGGAUGCAAGUUUCCAAAAAUAAUACUCAAAAGAAAAAGCCCAAAUUUAGGAAAAGGAAAGCUAUUUUAAAAUCUUUUGAAAAUGUUUGUUCAGAUGAUGCCUUAUCAAAGGAAAACAUGGUUGUCUCUGAGACGGAACUUUUACUAAAAGAGCUGGAGCAAAUGCUAGAGCAAGUGCGGGAGCCCACAGCCGCCCCUGAUGAGUCCGAAGGGGAGCGCAGAGAGGAGACAGAUACAGGAGAAAAGUUAUCGAAAUGUGGCCCUGAAGCUCCUGUUGGCAGCUCACUUGAGAACCACUGUGAAGAGGACUAUCUUGUAAUUGAUGGGCUAAGAUUAAAAGCUGGAGAAUGUAUUGAAAAUAUAACUAACAAGUUUAAAGAAAUAGAUGCGUUGAUGUCUGCAUUUUAG